UGUAAUUCAGACAUAUAGUCAGUGCCAAUAUUUGUUGACAAUGUUCGAAGCACACAUCAAUUUCUGGUUGACUGAAAGCGCCCAACUGAUAUCUUUAAGGUCACUGCUGAGAUUGUUUUGUGCAUAAAAAAUAAGGAUAUUGUUUUGGUUCUAUUGACUGAAGUUUGUCAUGCUGCUUUGGUAAUGGGUAUGCCUUCCCAUGUCAAGCAAAGUAUUAAGCAAGCUCAACUGGUACUCGAAUCAUUGAAACAGGAUCAUGAACAAGCUUUAUCUGCCUUAAGUACAUUUUGUAACUCAGAAAACAGUCAUUCAUCACCAAAUCUUAACACAAGUCUAGAAUGUGAGAAAGUCUUUAAUCAAGAGAAAAUUCCAAUAAUUCAAGCUGCACUAAAACAAAUCGAAAAGGGAUUAGACGACUCAGAGGUUAUGAUUACAUUUGCCAAAUAUAUUGAACAUUUGGAAGCUGAGCUGUUAAAGGUACAGUUGCACAAUCAAAGGUUAACUGAAGAAACUUGUUGGCUUCGAGAUGAGCUAAAGUACACACAAACAAAACUGGAGGAAAACGAAUCGCUGCUUGCUCAAACUGAAGUCGAAAAAAAACAUCUUGAGUUUAUGUUGGAUUUAAAGAAAUAUGACAUAUCUUCCAACAGCUGUGAUACUGAAAAAAAUCCAUCUUUUAAACAUUUGGAAGAUGAUCCGCCGAUGAUGGUUGCAUCUGUUCUCGGCCUAAUGAGUUCUCCAAACCAUUUGAACACAUCUAAUCAUGUAGAUCGAUUCGAUACACACAACAAAUUUUGGAAACCGACUACAACAACAGCUACCACUGUUUCAUCAUUUUCACCAUACAACCACUUAGAAAUAAGCGGAAUAAUGAAUACCAGUUUACUUGAUGCGGAUAUGGACUCACUGUCAGUAAAUCGAAGUCGCAAUCCAAGUGAAUUCCACGGUUUAAGUGGACAUCGGAAUUCCCAGUCAAUUUAUGUUCCUCCUGGGCUUAGAACACUACAUCACAUAGCCUUACGUUAUACAAGUCAGGGAAAGCAUGAUGUUGCAGCAUCUUUAUGUUUACAAGCUAUUCGAGAUUUAGAAGGAUCUGGUGGUCGUGACCAAGCUGAGGUUGCUGCUCUACUGAAUAUCUUAGCUUUGGUUUACCGUGAUCAAGGAAAAUACAAGGACGCAUCUGAUAUUCUCAAAGAAGUAAUUAACAUACGAGAGAAACUUUUGGGACCUAACCAUGUGCUGGUAGCAGCUGCUUUAAACAAUUUGGCAGUUUUACAUGCUAAAGCUGGUCGAUUUACUGAAGCGGAACCGUUGUGUCGGCGAGCGCUUAGUAUACGGGAAAAAUUAUUAGGUGCAGAUCAUUUGGAUGUAGCAAAACAAUUGAACAAUUUGGCUUUACUUUGUCAAAGUCAAGGGAAAUUCGAUGAAGUCGAAUCUGCAUUUCGACGAGCCUUAGAUAUAUAUGUCAAACAUCAUAAGCCCUCAUCACCUAUCAUACGAAAAGCCAAAAGCAAUUUGGCUUCUGCAUUAUUGAAACGUCGAAAUUUAGCUGAUGCAGAAUCUCUAUUAAAAUCAGUUUUAACACCAGACCAUGGUUAUACUUCAACACAGCAAAGAAGUCAUUUAAUGAAUAAUUUUUUACAGUCGGAAAAUGUUGAACAUGAUUCUGCUAUUUAUUCAUUAUCUUCACUAGGUAGUAGUCAUAUAAGUAGUAUUAGUAGUAAUGGUGGUUAUCGUGGUGUUGGAUCUUUGUUGGAUGGUGGUGUUGUUUUACCAUGUGAUUCAACUGAACAAUCUAUGAUAAUGAAUUCAUCUAGUCGACCAGUUAAUCCAUUAUGGGUAAUAUUAGAACAAAGUAUCAAAGAUAAUAAUAAUCGAAAAUUUUCACUUGUUACAUGGGCUUCGGAAGCCAGAAUCGAACUAUCUGUGGUUCAUAGUGCAGUACGUAAUUUAGCUAUAGUUUAUCAACGUCAAGGUCUACAAUCUCAUGCUAACUUAUUGCUUGAGUGGCUUCAAAUGGCAAUUACUGAUUGUAGACCACGUUUAAAUCAUACGUCUUCAUUGGCCAGUUCACCGAUAAAAUGCACGCAAUCAGUCCAUGGUAUCAACUCACAUGUAUUCAAUAGCUAACUAUAUAAUAAUAAUCAUCAUCAUCAUAAGUUGGAAAUAUAUAAUCCCUUUUAACAACAAAAUAUCUUUUAUUGGAGCUUCCUAUCUAUUCUACUUACUUUCCUUUCUUACAAUCACCAUUUAUCAAUUAAUAAACAGUAAUGAUGAAUAAACUAAAUUUCAUUCAAGUUUUGAUGAUCUUUCAUUUUUCAAUGGUAUAUAUAUAUAUAUUCAAUGUGUUCAAUUCGAUAUUGUUUUACUGCAUUUAUUUAUCUUGUUUUAAUUGUUUAUUAUAUUUCUUCUAUUGUAUUGUUUUGUAUAUUAUAUGAUUAUUAUUUUAUCAAAUAUUACUAUUCACUUUAUGUUUGCAUUUAUGUUGUGUAAGUGUGUGUAUGUUUUGCUUGUUUGUUUGUUUUCUUGUUUCAUCGAUUUAUUUUUCAUUCUGUUGUUAGUAUUAUGUAACCAUUUGGUUUAAAUGAAUGGGAAACACUUGUCAAUCAUAUACUACUUGUUUAUUUAUUUUAAUCAGUAAUCAUUUUCAUAUUUUUCGAUAAUAUAAGUUUGACUUGACUUCAUUAUGUUUGUGAAUAUUGUCUUAUUAUUUCUGUGUUUCCUUUUUUAAUCUUUUUUUUUCAAUUUCGUUCAUUUCUUAGUCUUUAAUUGUUAGUAACGUGUUUAUUUCCCUGUGAAUGUAUGAAUAUAUUCAGUUAUAUUUCGGUUCAUCAGUUAAAUAUUCUAUCUGAAUGGUAAUGUAACUAACGAUCGUCUCUGACUUAUUUAACAUUAAAAUUCAGUUUACCACAAUGUUAUAACAUUUUAUAAGAUGGAUGCUAUGGAAUUUACUGACAAAAUUAUCACCAAAUACUUGAGAAGAAGAUAUUCAAUGCCACUCAGUUAUCGAUUAGUACAAUGUCUCUUUUCUUAUGAUUUAAACUGAAAUAUAGCGGUAAUAGUCUUUCUGUUUAUCAUAGUGAUUAAUUUCAUGAGUAAACAGAAUAGUGUGUCUAUCUGGCUGUGUAUUUCACUUGUUGAUUAGUAUUAGCUGUG